ACGGACUUAUAUAUACCAUAAACCCAUCCACUUCACCAUUUAUUUCCCCUCCUUUCCAGAAAUCGGAGAUAAAGCCAGAGCGCUGUUGUUUUCUCUCAAGCCAGCCUUCCCUAGUCUCAGAUACGGUACCACUUUUGUCGGUUUGGAUCCCUUUGGGAAUCUUGUGGGCCACGCUCGAGAGAAGUAGAGAUGGAUACGAAGCGGAUCAGAAGGCAGAGGCCAGCUCCAGCCAGCUCCACCGAACCUGAGAGCGAGGGAGCUUCUCUAGCUGGGUCGACGACAGGUGAGAGUCUUGGUAACCUCGGUGCAGGUUUUGGAAGCCCCACGGCUGUCCUGGUGGCCUCCUUGAUGCUCCUUCCUCUUCUCGUCCUCGUGUCCGUUUCCUAUGGAAACACAGCAACGGAUAGGCUUUGCGGAGUUUUCCGAGGCGAUGGAGGAGAAGACCUUAAAGCAAGCGCAGGACAAGGUCCAAGAGUUGGCUCCUCUCCAUCCUCUAACAACACAAGGGACGGAUUUCUCGGUGGACUACUAGCUGCUGGUUUUGAUGAAGGAUCCUGUCUCAGCAGGUAUCAGUCUGUGUUGUACCGCAAGGAAUCGCCCCACAUACCUUCUCCUUAUCUGUUAGAGAGGCUAAGAAGACUCGAAUCUCUCCAAAAGAAGUGCGGUCCAAAGACUGAAUUGUACAACAACGCCAUCGCAUGGCUGAAGUCCGGUCAUAGCAAUAAGACAAUGGAGUGCAACUACGUGGUAUGGUUAUCGUAUAGUGGCUUGGGUAACAGGAUGCUGAGCCUUGCUUCAGCAUUCCUUUAUGCUCUUCUUACAAACAGGUUAUUACUUAUCGACAGAGGUGCCGACAUGGCUGACCUCUUUUGCGAACCAUUUCCUGAAACUUCUUGGCUGCUACCUUUGGACUUCCCCAUUAACCAAUUUAGCAGCUUCAACAGAAAAGCUCCUCAGAGUUAUGGAAACAUGCUGAAACGCAAGGCUAUCAGGAACGUGCCUGAUGAUAAUGCAAACGGAUCGCUACCUGCUUAUGUUUAUCUCCAUCUAGGUCAUGACUACGGUGACUCUGAUAAGCUUUUCUUCUGUGAAGAUGAUCAACAACUUCUUCGAAAGAUCCCUUGGCUUUUGCUCAGAUCAAACGUUUACUUUGUGCCCUCUCUCUUUCUCAUCCCAACAUAUGAAGAAGAGCUCGGUCGACUCUUCCCCGAGAGAGAGACUGUUUUCCAUCAUUUGGGACGUUAUCUUUUCCACCCUACCAACUCGGUGUGGGGUUUGAUUACCAGAUCUUGUCUGUCUUAUCUAACCAAGGCUGAAGAACGAAUAGGCAUUCAGGUCAGGGUUUUUGAUGUAGGAAAAGGUCCAUUCCAGCAUGUGCUGGACCAGAUCCUUGCAUGCUCUCUGACGGAAAAGUUAUUGCCUGAAGUCAGUCUCCAUGAUCCUCCUGUGGUCUCAAGCACUGUUGCCGGCUCAAAAGUUGUGCUUGUAACGUCCUUGGAUUCCAUGUACUUCGAAAAAAUCAGGAGCAUGUAUUGGGAGCACCCAACCACCACAGGUGAAAUUGUUAGUGUCUAUCAGCCAAGCCAUGAAGGAUACCAGCAGACGGAGAAGCAGACGCACGAGAUGAAAGCAUGGGCAGAGAUGUAUCUCUUGAGCUUGACUGAUGUGUUGGUCACCAGUGCAAGGUCUACAUUUGGGUACGUCGCACAAGGACUUGGCGGAUUGAAGCCAUGGAUUCUGUUCAAGCCCGAAAACGGGACCAUGCCUAAGCCUCCUUGUCGUCGAGCUAUGUCGAUGGAACCUUGUUUUCAUACUCCUCCCUACUACGAUUGCAAAGCAAAGGUAGUCAUGGACACAGGAGCUCUUAUCCCACAUGUGAGGCAUUGCGAAGAUGUAACCUGGGGCCUUAAGCUCGUUGAUCAAUAGGAGCAGUAGAUAUGGUGCAUGUUGACUUUGGCCAAUCGGAUCAGAGUUCAUCACCAUAGACUACGAUUGGGAACUUAAUUGUUGGCAGAGUGCUCCUGGGUGAUCCUAUUCGUGCUGAUCUUGAAUUGCAAUCUAUUCAUAGGCAAGUUGAGAAACGUGACAUAUCACAUAUAUAUUUCAAAAUAACAUGAUAAUGUAAAUAAUGCUGAUAUGCUGUACUUGGCAUUGCAAUUAAUUCAAUAUUCAGCGCUGCCAUAAAUUAUUACAUUGUUAUAGCAACCUUCGCUGACAUAUUAUAUGUCAUUCUGCUAUAUAAA